AUGCCACCACGAACACCACCAACAACAAAACCAAAGUCGCAGCUGAAUAAUCAAGGAGCCUCAUCCUUGUCUCGAUAUGCCAUUGUUCUGAUACUGGGGGUCUUUUUUGGGCGACAAUGGACGCUGUUUUCUGUGGAUCCGCAUGGUUCCAUGUCUGCUACUGCCUUUGAAGAAGAACACGCCCACAUGUACAACUUGCCAAGGCUACAGGAUCCCAGCAGUACUACUACGAUACGAGAAUUGGAGGCCUCGUCCGCACCAAAUAUACCAGCAAGAACAUCAUCAGCAGCACCCGCCGUUCCAACACCAAAAGAUGACGAAUCAACGGAUGAAAAAAAACCCAUCAUUGCACAACCAAAAGAUGCCGAAUCAACGGAUGAAUCAUCUGAUGACAAUGAUGGAGCUGACGAGACAAAAAACAAGCAGAAGGACGAGUCGAGUGGCGACGAGAACGACAAAGUCGAUGAAACUAUUGAGCAGCAAUCAUCGAAGCUACAAGACGAAGAUGAAUCGAAUGAAAAACAAGAGGCAUCCGCUAUUUCACUCGAGACCAUGGCACCCCAGCUGACGACGAAUUCUGCUAUUGACACCACUCCGCAAAUGCCUUAUAAUAGUAGUGGUUUGGAGGCAACUGUGGAUAUUUCGACAUUUCAAGCCGAAAUGGAUCGUCGAUUGCCUUUGUGGCAAAAGGAGGCUGCCAAGGAGGACGGUUGGCAAGAUCCACCCUCGGUAAAUGUUUAUGAUAAGGUGGUACUGGCCACAAAGGUCCAUUAUGCGGGUCGCCAGUCCUUGAAUCAAAUGAUUUGUUUGCAAAAGGCCGCGUACAAUUACCGACGGAACUACCCAUGGGUAAUUUUCCAUACCAUUCCAGUGACCGCCGAGCAAGUGGCAGAAGCUAGAGCGGUGGCAUACCCAGGGACAGUCACAUUUGUGCAAGAUUCACCGCCUUUGGAAGAAGUCGUGGGGAAUUUCUCAAAGGAAGAACAAGAAUAUUUGAUUGAACGCUGCCAGUGUUGUCAUCCAAAAGACAAAGAGAAUUGCUGCAAAGACCGAAAAAAGAAGAUUGAUUGGGGAUUCUGGUGUUACGAACAGAAGACCGGAUGGGUUACGCUCAGUUACGCUUGGCAAGCAGUUUUUCGAUCCUACAAUAUUUGGACGCACCCGGCCUUGGCAGACUACAAGUACAUGGUUUGGAUUGAUGAUGAUGCCAUUCCAACCAAGCCGUGGCUGAAAGAUCCCUUAAAGCCAAUGGUAGAAGAAGACCUGGUCAUCUUUUAUGACAACUUCCCAGCCGGCUUUUGCAAAUCGGGUGGCAUCAUUGAAAAAAUGCAACUGGCCUACAAUAAAACAUACUGCUACAUUCACAGAGUCCAUGUGUUCAAGGGAAAUCAAACGGGGAAAUUUGUGGUUCGGCCGUGUAAGAAGAACAAGAAGGGGAACUAUGUCCUGGACAAAUUCGGUCUCGUCCAUGGAAUGAUGCACAUUACGAAUAUGGAUAUCUACCGAAAGCCGGUACACAUGGAGUUCCAGCGCCUAUUGACCCAGCACAAUACCCAUCCGUUCAGUCGAGAAUGGGACGAUCAAAUUGCCGUCACAGUCCCAGCGGCGUUUGAAAAUCCUGACAAAGCAUGGGAUAUGCGGAUGCAUGGUUACAACAUGAGUAUCCACCAUAAUGGAAAGCUAGAUGGAAAGCAAAAGGCCAAGAAAUGGAAGUAUACGACCUGGUGGAAGUAUUACAAGGAUGAGUUCCCUGUUGCUCGAGAAAUGUGCGAUCAUUUAGUAAAGUUUGGAGGAUAG